GACGUCGCGGACUGAGCCUGUGUGUGUGUGUGUACAUAGAGGAUGGCUCAGUGCUCAGGUGCAGUGCUCUGGGAACCAGUCAAGCAGGCAGCAGGACCAGUUCAUUUACCCAGACGACAGAGCGCUCUGCUGGGUUAGGGGCUGGAGCUUGAGCCCCAUCUUGGACCUCCAACCCUGGAGCUCUACUGACGUACCUGUAACUGUUUUUAUACAUCAAUCGAGGACAUUUUCACCUGACUCUGGAUCAUAUCAUUAACUGUUUUUGUAUUUGCUAUAACUGGCACUUGUUUUGCACUUUGAGCUUUGAGAAGUGGAAGCAGCUGCCUUCACAGCGGUGGAGCCUGAGGAGUAUGUCCUGCCUGUGCCCUGCCCCAAACUGGACCUUUGCAUCUGCACAGUGUGGAUAGCUGCUGAGGGACACCAAGAACAAAAGACAGAGGGGGAAUCUUGAAAACGAGGAGAGGAAAAUCCUUCCUUCUCACACACCUGUGAGGGCUCCUCCUCUGACAAAAGCGCAGCCGAGGAUACGGGAGGAACAAAAAGAUAAUUAGGAGCUGAGAAGAAAAGGCUAAAGAGGAGACUCUGGGUCCACCCUCCAUUCAUCCCUCCAUCCAUCCGUCCUUCUCCGGUUUCCCACCUGUGAGGAUUAAUUGGACUGGAGCAGCAUGGCGCACGCCGCCUCGCAGCUGAAGAAAAAGGCGGAUGAGAACCUCAACGCUGCGGAGGACGAGAAGGAGAAGAAGAAGGCGGCGAGGAAGCGUUCACGCGAAGUGAAGAAAAAGACGGAUGUAAAUGCCUGUUACCUGCGAUCAGCUCGGGCCGGGAACCUAGAGAAAGCUUUGGACUACCUGAAGAAUGGAGUCGACAUCAAUAUUUGCAACCAGAACGGACUAAAUGCUCUCCAUCUGGCCUCCAAGGAGGGCCAUGUGGAGGUGGUGGCUGAGCUCAUCAAGCACGGCGCCAACGUGGACGCAGCGACUAAGAAAGGAAACACAGCCCUCCACAUAGCUUCCCUCGCUGGGCAGACAGAGGUGGUGAAGGAACUGGUCACUCACAACGCCAACGUCAACGCACAGUCUCAGAAUGGCUUCACUCCACUCUACAUGGCGGCGCAGGAGAACCACAUGGACGUGGUGCAGUUCCUACUGGACCACGGCUCCAGUCAGAGCAUCGCCACCGAGGAUGGUUUCACUCCACUGGCGGUGGCGUUGCAGCAGGGACACGACCAGGUGGUUUCCCUCCUGCUGGAAAACGAUACCAAGGGGAAGGUCCGCCUGCCUGCACUGCACAUCGCCGCACGGAAAGACGACACCAAGGCCGCCGCGCUCCUCCUCCAGAAUGACCACAACGCCGACGUGGAGUCUAAGAUGAUGGUGAAUAGAACAACAGAGAGCGGUUUCACUCCCCUGCAUAUUGCGGCUCACUACGGCAACAUCAACGUAGCAACACUCCUGCUGAACAGAGGGGCAGCUGUGGACUUCAAGGCGAGGAAUGACAUCACACCGCUGCACGUAGCAUCCAAACGUGGGAACAGCAACAUGGUGCGACUGCUGCUGGAGAGAGGAGCCAAGAUAGAUGCACGGACCAAGGAUGGUCUGACUCCUCUGCACUGUGGAGCGAGGAGCGGACAUGAGCAGGUGGUGGAGAUGCUGCUGGACAGAGGAGCUCCAAUACUGUCAAAGACAAAGAACGGUUUGUCUCCGCUCCACAUGGCGACGCAGGGCGACCAUCUCAACUGCGUCCAGCUGCUUCUGCACCACGAGGUGCCUGUGGACGAUGUGACCAACGACUACCUGACGGCGCUGCACGUGGCCGCACACUGUGGGCACUACAAGGUGGCGAAGGUGAUCGUGGACAAGAAGGCCAACCCCAAUGCCAAGGCACUGAAUGGUUUCACUCCCCUGCACAUCGCCUGCAAGAAAAACAGAGUCAAGGUGAUGGAGCUGCUUCUGAAGCAUGGAGCGUCGAUACAGGCGGUCACUGAGUCCGGUCUGACUCCGAUCCAUGUUGCAGCAUUUAUGGGACACGACAACAUCGUGCACCAGCUGAUCAGCCACGGGGCUUCCCCCAACACGAGCAAUGUGAGAGGGGAGACGGCGCUCCACAUGGCAGCGAGAGCCGGACAGUCAAACGUGGUCCGAUAUCUGAUCCAGAACGGAGCACGAGUCGAUGCCAAGGCCAAGGAUGACCAGACUCCGCUGCACAUCUCAAGCCGUCUCGGAAAGCAGGACAUCGUCCAGCAGCUGCUGGCAAACGGAGCGUGCCCGGACGCCACGACCAGCUCUGGAUACACACCUUUACACCUGGCUGCCAGGGAGGGACACCGAGACGUGGCCUCGGCACUGCUGGAGCACGGAGCCAGUCUGGGCAUCAUCACCAAGAAGGGCUUCACUCCUCUGCACGUGGCUGCAAAGUACGGGAAGAUCGAGGUCGCCAACCUGCUGCUGCAGAAGAACGCUCCGGCUGACGCUGCUGGGAAGAGUGGACUAACUCCACUGCAUGUGGCGGCGCACUAUGAUAACCAGAAGGUGGCGCUGCUCUUGCUCAACCAGGGAGCUUCUCCACAUGCAGCUGCGAAGAACGGUUACACUCCGCUCCACAUCGCAGCUAAGAAGAACCAGAUGGAGAUCACCACCACGUUACUGGAGUACGGCGCCACCACCAACACAGUGACACGUCAGGGGAUCACGCCUCUGCACCUGGCGGCACAGGAAGGCAACGUGGACAUAGUGACGCUGCUGCUGGCUCGAGACGCUCAGAUAAACACGGGCAAUAAGUCUGGUCUGACUCCGCUCCACCUGGCCGCUCAGGAGGAUAAAGUCAACGUUGCUGAGGUGUUAGUCAAUCAGGGAGCAACUAUAGACCCAGAGACCAAGCUGGGAUACACUCCUCUCCAUGUGGCCUGUCACUAUGGCAACGUGAAGAUGGUCAAUUUCCUGCUGAAAAACCAGGCGAGGGUCAACGCCAAGACCAAGAACGGUUACACUCCUCUCCAUCAGGCUGCACAGCAGGGACACACACACAUCAUCAACUUGCUGCUACAUCACGGAGCAUCGCCUAACGAACUCACAGCUAAUGGGAACAGCGCUCUGUCCAUCGCCAGGAGGCUCGGCUACAUCUCUGUAGUUGACACACUCAAAGUGGUGACAGAGGAAACUCUGACGACUCAGACGGUGAUAGAGAAGCACAAGAUGAACGUCCCAGAGACCAUGAACGAGGUGCUGGACAUGUCCGACGACGAAGUCUGUAAAGCCAAUGUCCCCGAAAUGAUCACAGAGGACUAUAUAUCUGAUGUGGAAGAAGGUGACGAUGCGAUGACGGGGGACACAGACAAAUAUCUGGCCCCCCAGGACCUGCGGGAGUUGGGGGACGACUCGCUCCCUCAGGAGGGCUACAUGGGCUUCAGCGUUGGUGCGCGGUCACAGAGCCUCCGUUCCUUCAGUUCUGAUAGGUCCAACACGCUGAACCGGAGCUCGUUCACGCGGGACAGCAUGAUGAUCGAAGAGAUGCUGGCGCCCAAUAAGGAAGUGAUGCUCUGUAAGGAAAGGUCUUUCAUUGUAGAGCAUCACAAUAAGCAUUUGGCCGUGGCUAAGGACUUUGACAACGACUCUCUGAGGAGGUACAGCUGGACUGCAGACGCACUGGAUAAUGUCAACCUAGUCUCUUCACCAAUACACUCCGGUUUUUCCUCUCCGCUCCCGCAGUACGACAGCAGGUUCCUGGUCAGCUUUAUGGUCGACGCCCGGGGUGGCUCCAUGAGAGGAAGUCGUCACAAUGGCAUGCGCAUCAUCAUCCCGCCGAGAAAGUGCACAGCGCCCACCAGGAUCACCUGUCGACUGGUCAAGAGACACAAACUGGCGUCGCCUCCUCCGAUGGUGGAAGGAGAAGGCCUGGCCAGCCGACUGGUUGAGGUCGGUCCGGCCGGAGCUCAGUUCCUCGGGCCUGUGAUAGUGGAGAUCCCUCACUUUGGCUCGAUGCGGGGUCAGGAGAGAGAGCUGAUCAUGCUGCGCAGCGAGAACGGAGAAACCUGGAAGGAGCAUCUGUACGACUACAAGACAGACGACCUCAAUCAGCUCCUCAGUGGGAUGGAUGAAGAGCUGGACAGUCCUGAGGAGCUGGAGAGGAAGAGAAUCUGCCGCAUCAUCACCAAGGACUUCCCACAGUACUUUGCGGUCGUGUCUCGAAUCAGGCAGGAGACCAAUCAAAUGGGACCAGAAGGCGGGACUCUGAGCAGCCGGAGCGUCCCAUUGGUUCAAGCUUCCUUCCCCGAGGGGGCGUUAACAAAGAAAAUCAAAGUUGGACUGCAGGCUCAGCCGGUGCCCGACGAGACUGUGAAGAAAAUCCUCGGCAACCGAGCAACUUUCAGCCCCAUCGUUACCGUGGAGCCCAGAAGAAGGAAGUUUCACAAGCCCAUCACUAUGACAAUCCCAGUCCCGCCACUCUCAGGGGAGGGGCUCAGCAACGGCUACAAGGGAGACCCUACUCCAUGUCUCCGCCUUCUCUGCAGCAUCACAGGUGGAACAUCCCCAGCACAGUGGGAAGACAUCACCGGCACGACUCCUCUCACCUUCGUCAAUGACUGUGUCUCCUUCACCACUAAUGUCUCUGCCAGGUUCUGGUUAGCAGACUGCCACCAGAUCCCAGAGACGGUGGGUUUGGCCAUGCAGCUGUACAGGGAGCUGAUCUGUGUGCCCUACAUGGCCAAGUUUGUGGUAUUUGCUAAGAUGAAUGACCCAGUGGAGUCCAGACUGAGGUGCUUCUGUAUGACGGACGACAAGGUGGAUAAGACCCUGGAGCAGCAGGAGAACUUCGAGGAGGUGGCCAGGAGCAAAGACAUAGAGGUUCUGGAGGGCAGGCCCAUCUAUGUGGAUUGCUAUGGAAACUUGGCGCCUCUUACUAAAGGUGGUCAGCAGUUAGUUCUUAACUUCUACGCCUUCAAGGAGAACCGUUUGCCCUUCUGUGUCAAGGUGAGAGAUCCCAGCCAGGAGCCCUGCGGUCGUCUUACGUUCCUCAAAGAGUGUAAGACCAUUAAAGGCCUUCCACAAACUGCCGUGUGCAACCUGAACAUCACUCUUCCUGCGGUGAAAAAGGAAAUGGAGUCAGAUGCCGAGGAUGAGACUGAAAAGCCAGAGCGACGUCAUACCUUUGCAUCCCUAGCCUUACGUAAGCGCUACAGCUAUCUGGCCGAGCCUGCACUGAAAACAGCACUCGAACGAAGCACAGCAGCAAGAACACUGCCUGCUGGUCACCCUCACAAACCUGUCUUUCCAACCAGACCUUACCCACCAUGGUCGACUGCUCCUAUUACCAUCCCUGGCCAAACAAGGCUCGUCGGAGUGGGGGGUUCCCUCACCUCUACCGAUUCACCGGCAGGCUCACCAGCUGCUUCUCCAUUGAAAACUACUUGGCCCCUUUCCUCCCCAUCACCUGCAUGCCCCGCAACUAUCAAAGCUACCUUGGGAGCUCCACCACCGCCACCACCUACUGUGUCAUCCCCAGCUAAAUCACUUAGCGACCUGACAUCCUCAUCCCCCAUCAGGUCUUACAGGACUAUGCCUUCACCCAUUAAAACUGUUGUCCAGCUGGGCCAGUACCCCGUUCAGGGGUCUGCCAGCCUUGUGUCCUCUGGAAGCCCAGUUAAACCUGCCACAGAUCCAGCAUCUAUCAAAAGCCUUGCUUCGGCAUACACAUCAAGGACUUCCCCUCUUCACUCAAUACCCAAUGGUUCUAUACCAGAGAGGUCAACAGCUUCAGUCACUGCUCCAGCAUCGCCAAAGACACCUUACAGCAUGUACAAUUCUAAUCUGCCUUUUAAAACUGCCCUUGGGUCCACAGUUGCGACAGAUGCAGGUGCACCCAAUCUUUCUCCUGUUAAGAGCAUCUCCAGCCUGUCCUCUUUGAAAACCUCUGUAGAUUCAACACUCUCAUCCAGAGGAGGGAGGACAUCUCUGUCAUCUCUCUCCUCAACUGGGCAGACAACCAUUACUUCCUCAGAAUUGUCCAUGAUGAACGGAUCACUCUCGCCUGUUAAAUAUCCAUCAUCCUCCUCCACGCCAUCCUCUCCUUCUUCUCGGCAUCUCACAGAGAGAAGUAGCAGCCUUCAGGAGAGGAUCCUGGCCACCACCCAGGCUGCAACCUCCAGUGUCAGCGCAGCCAUAAAUGAAGCUAUAGACUCAUAUUCUGUGUCCGGCUAUGGCACUCUUAGAUCGCUGUCCUCCUCGCGUAGAUCUGCAGCUCAAAGCUCUGCUUAUGGUUCUCUGAGAUCUGGAGCUGCCUCCUCCAGUUCUGCAGUUUCUUCUAACACAGUGACUGUACCUGUGUACUCGUUAGUCAACGUCAUUCCAGAGACCCCUGUCAAACCAGGGCCAGGGUCUCUCAAAAUGGCACUGCCUGAUUCUUCUCGUGCCUCGUCCUCGUCUUCUUCUUCUUUGUCUACCUGUGUUACCGCAUCAAAAAUAAAGUCCCAACUAAAAUCCCCUCCGUUUAUCACACCACCCAUCAUCCACCCAACUGGAACUUCCAACCAGGAGAUACUAAAAGAUGUAGCAGACAUGAAAGAGGAUCUGAUCAGAAUGACAGCUAUCCUACAGACAGACACACAGACAGCAGUUAAAACUGUCCAAACAUCACAUACUGGCACUCCCAAAGAGAGCAAGUUAGAGGAUGAGGAGCCUUUUGCUCUAGUGGAGAAAGUGAAAGAAGAUUUAGUGAAAGUCAGUGAGAUAUUACAGAAAGAUAUCAAGAGUGAAGCUAAGGCCAUUGCAGGUAGAGAGAGAGCCUCAGAGGAUGAAUGGGAGGAAUUUUCAAAAGAUGAGAUCGAGGAGGCACAAAGAAGUGCCCUCUCAGAUUAUUACCCUCCCUUUGAUGAAAACACACUCCUACUCAAGCAGCAGUCCAUGUCAAGCAAAGACUUAGAAUUGGCUAAAGUAGUAGAUUUUCUAACAAAUGACAUUGGCGCGAGCUCUCUCUCCAGAAUAGCCGAGUUGAAAUGUAAGUACGAGGAGGAGGCAAAGAGGGAAGGGGAAGAGAAACAGAAACGUGUUCUUAAACCAUCUAUGUCAAUACAAGAGCACAAACUCAAAAUGCCUCCACCAGUCUCAGGCAUGAUCAGGUCUCCCUCAGAGAAGGAUCUAAGCAAACUUGCUGAAUCAUCAUAUCAGGGGACGGACACUAUUCUGGAGUCACCCGAGGACCUGUCCCAUGAGCAGGAUAAGAGUCCGCUGUCAGACAGUGGGUUUGAGACCAGAAGUGAAAAGACGCCCUCUGCUCCUCAGAGUGCAGAGAGUACAGGACCUAAGCCUUUAUUCACAGAUUCACCCAUCCCUCCCUGUGUUACAGAGACCAGGACCGAAGUGGUCCAUAUUAGGAGCUAUGAGCAGCCUGAUGAUCUGUGUGAGCCUGCACUCAUGGAGGAGGCUGCAUCUGUUCUUCCUCCAGUAGAGCCAGAGGCAGCUUCAGUAAGCUCCACAAAAGCCAUACAGAUGAAAAUGCCAGAAGAGGACUCAAUGAUUAACAAAAGUGUGUGUCUUAAAGAAGAAACUCAUAUAACUACUACUACUAGAAUGGUCUAUCACAAGCCCCAACUGACUGAUGGUGCAGAGAUUUUAGAGGAAGGUAUGUCAGUAAGGGAUAUCAUGAAAGCUUUCCAGUCAGGUAGGGACCCAUCUAAAGAACUGGCAGGACUUUUUGAGCACAAAGCUAGCCAGGAUUCUGUCAAAGGCGAUGAGUUGACUCCUAGAUUUCUUGACAGAGACAUUAAAUCCAAACCUAAAGUGGAAAGGAUAAUAGAGGUUCAUAUCGAAAAGGGCCACAGCACAGCAGAGCCGACUGAGGUUAUUAUCAGGGAAACCAAGAAACACCCUGAGCUUUAUGUCUACAAAGGGGACCAUGGAAUUAAGGAGCUUACUGAUUACGAUGAGGCCCAACAGGAAGAGGAGGAACUUACUGCAGAAGAAUCCCUACCCUCCUUCCUAGAAACAUCUCGCGUUAACACCCCAGUGUCACAGGAGGAGGACAGUCGCCCAAGUUCUGCCCAGCUGAUGGCGGAUGAUUCAUAUAAAGCUCUGAAACUACUGAGCCAACAUUCCGUAGAAUACUGUGAUGAUGAACUAUCAGAAAUCAGAGGCGAGUCGUAUAGAUUUGCUGAGAAAAUGCUCCUCUCAGAGAAACUUGACACGUCAUCGCAGUCUCACUCUGACACAGAGGAUUCAGCUAUAGCAACUGACAAGAACCGCCACCAAGUUUCUGAGGAGAGCGGUAGCCGCGGCACAGAAAGUCAGCAGUAUGGAAGCCCCAAAAGAGAGUUUGGUUCCAAGUCAUCAAAAGAUGGCUCCCCUAUAUCUGGUAAAUUUGUGCACAGGGAUGAACCAUCUCAGUUUGAUAAGGUGACAGUGCUUCAUUACUCCACAGAGCAGGGCAGUCCCAAACAUGCUGUUUGGAUGCGAUUUACAGAAGAUAAACAUGACAGGAGCAGGGAUAAGCUUCUCUAUGAGGAUAGGGUGGAUCAAACUGUAAAAGAAGCUGAAGAAAAACUCAGUGAGGUAUCACAGUUCUUCCGUGACAAAACAGAAAAGCUCAAUGAUGAGUUGCAGUCCCCUGAGAAAAAGCCUGUAAGACGAGAGCCAAAGGAACCAAGGUCCUGGCCUAGCUCAGUCUGCAGUACCCCUGAGAAAACACAGCAGAAACCUAAAGCAGAAGAGGUCUUCAGUAAACUCAGGGAGCCUUCUGUUGGUAAAAUGUUUGGUAGCACCACUACGGCUGAAAAGACAAGUUCUAGUUUACCAAGCAGUCCACAGAAAAGCAGGCUCCCUCAUAUCAGUGAGGAUAAAAGUAAACAACAAACUAAAACCAGUGAAUCAGAACCCUCUUCUCCCUCUCAUGUAAAAUCAACAUCCAAAGUCAGUGCAGUGAGGAUGAAGUUUGAAUCUGAGGCUCAAAAACAAAGUCAAUCUAGUCUAACCAAAAUCCCCCCUCCAGUGCAGCCAAAACCUUCAAUAAAAAAAUUACAGGAAAGCAAACUUCCUGUUUAUCAGUUUUUUGCAGGAGGAAAAACAUCAAAAGUAUCUGAAACAUCAGAAGAAGUAAGCCCGAAAAAGGAUGUUGAGAAGGACACAGACACCAGUAAACCUGCUUUAUCACCUACAUCUAAAAGCCCAAAAUACACAGGAGACAAGUCGCCAAACAAAAAUAUCCCAGAGCCCUUGUUACAAAGACAAAUAAGUGAAACUGAAACUCACAAAGCCACUACUACAGGGAAAGAUGUCCCUUCCACAGUUACUCAGGAAAUAAAAGAAAGCAAUAAAGAUCAGAAAGUCCAGGCACCUGUUGCUAAAGAAACAACUAGACUAGUAGAGAAAGAUAGCGAUGCUAAAAAGAGCCAACAAGUGACAAAAAGUGAGUCUGCUUCCAAAGAAGUAAUAGCUGAAGUAUCAAGAAAAGAGACAGACGAACCCCUUAACAAAAACCUCAGAAAAAAGGCAGAAUCCCAAAUUCCUGUAAGAACGUCUUCUACUUUAGAUAAUGACCUCACAAAGAAACAGGCAAUAGCUAAACCCUCACAGAUACCUACAUUAGCAAAGAGCAAAAUACAGACGAGUCUUGAGACAACUCCGGAAAAAACAGAUUUGACUUUUGAAAUUCUAGAUAAUGCACCCAAAGAUUCAAACUCCAAUAAUCUUCCCAGCCCAGGAGACACACUGGACAAAGUCAUAACCCCUCCAGCUGCUGCAACAACCAAAGAGAACUUUAAGGGCAUCAAAACAUUACCUGUUUAUGUCAGUGUCCAAGUGGGAAGGCAGGGAGAGAGGGAGGCCAAAGGGACACUGUAUACAGUCAAACAGAAAUCAAGCUCAGCACUCAGCCCCAUAAGCCCUGAUGAUGACACACUAGAACAGGUUUCUUUCAUCGAUAGCUCAGGGAAAAGCCCCCUUACGCCAGAAACCCCCAGCUCUGAGGAGGUCAGCUAUGACCUCACGUCCAGGACCCCUGAUGGCUUUAUGGGAUUCAUGCCAGGGAAACCAAGCCCGAUCAUGGAGGUCUCUGAAGAAUCAGAGGAAGAUGACCAAAGCAAAGUUGUUUUCUCUUUUAAAGAGGUCCUGCCAGAACGCAAAACUAGUGUUGACACCACCAAAGCAGACCUGGCUAAUGCUAAUGAGCAACAAAUAAAAAGUAAUGAUAACCAGCAGGAAUUAACUUACAAUUUGAACCAGGAAGAAACAAUAGCCGUUGUCAGGCAGGAAGAAACAACAGAGCUGGAGCAGCAAGAGGCCUCCAAAGACAAAGGUAUUGCAUAUAUUGAGUUUCCUCCCCCUCCUCCUCUGGACUCUGCUUCAGAAAUGUCAGACCCAGAAAGGAAAGGUUCUUGUGCCUCUUCAGAGACUGAGACUGAAAUGAUGGAAGUGAACUUACAGGAGGAACAUGACAAGCAUCUGCUGACGGAGCCAAUUAUACGUAUACAACCCCCUUCACCAGUGUCCCCGGGGGAAGAUGACAGUCAGUCAAAUGAUGAAGAUGAUGAGUCAAUGUUCCAACCAAUUCCUUGUAAGAAAUUCACUUCCAAAAUUCCUGAUGAGGGGGAGGAGGAGAAGAGGAGGGAGAAGGAAAAGGCGUCAAAGCCCAAAAAACAUGACAAAAAUGGAAACAACAAAGAACCUAAUGGUGAGACAAAUGGCUCCAAUGGUUCUAAUGGCAAAGGAGAGGACUAUGAAUAUGAACAAAAUGGAAAUGACCAGUCAAUAACAGACUGUUCCAUAGCCACAACGGCUGAAUUUUCUCAUGACACAGACGCAACAGAGAUAGACUCCCUAGAUGGAUAUGAACUUCAGGAUGAGGAUGAUGGUCUGUGUGAGCAGGCAGAUUUACGGCUGUUUGGUCUUCCAGACAGCCGGAGAGAUGUAUGGGCGACAGACACAUUUAGGUCUACUGACCGCUCUUUUCCUCAGACCAAACUGGAAGUUAUUGAAGAAGAGAAAACCCCAGAGGAAUGUCAAAAGGACACUCUCAAAAAAGAUACACCCUCAAAUGGUGGAAUACCUGACGCUGUUAGUAAGGAUGGGGACAAAAGUCAGGAACAAAACCAGUCAAAGAAAGAGGGAUUUUCAGACACUUACUUUAGCUAUAAAUUAGAAGAGGAGUUUAAUUCUCCUUUUAAGACUGUUGCCACUAAGGGGCUGGACUUUGACCCCUGGCCCAGUAAAGGUGGAGAAGAAGAAGUCAUUGACAUGGGAGGGACACGGGGAAGCAAUGGUGAGCCUAAGCCUUUUGGACUGGCAGUGGAUGACCAGUCUCAGGCCACAACACCAGACACUACCCCAGCCCGAACGCCAACGGACGAUAGCACGCCGACGAGCGAGCCAAACCCAUUCCCCUUCCAUGAAGGGAAGAUGUUUGAGAUGACACGCAGUGGUGCGAUUGACAUGAGCAAGAGGGACAUGGUGGAGGAGAGGCUCCAGUUUUUUCAGAUUGGCCCUCAGAGUCCCUGUGAGAGAACAGACCUCCGCAUGGCAAUAGUAGCCGACCACCUUGGACUCAGCUGGACUGAGCUGGCCAGGGAGCUGGAUUUCUCUGUGGAAGAGAUCAACUUCAUCAGAGUGGAGAACCCCAAUUCCCUGACAGCACAGAGCUUCAUGCUCCUAAAGAAAUGGGUGCACAGGGACGGUAAAAAUGCCACAACGGAUGCUUUAACUGCGGUGCUGACUAAGAUCAAUCGGUUGGAUAUUGUGACUUUGCUGGAAGGGCCCAUAUUUGACUACGGUAACAUUUCAGGCACACGCUGCUUUGCCGAUGAUAACGCAGUAUUCCCGGAUCAGUCCGAUGUGGCUGAUCUCCUCGGCUUUGAGGGAUACCACAAUAUAGAUCUGGAGCUGCAAACCCCCUCAGACCUGAACUACGAGCCCCCCACCCCGCUGCGCUCAGACGACUUCUUUAGCGAGGGCGAUGCUAGCGCAGAAUCCCCUAGCAAGACCACGCUUACUAGACCUAGCGACCUCUCUCUCACUCAGACCACCAGUACCUCCAGCAGCGAGCCCAUCACUGUCGCCCCAGGCCCCACAUCCAAUGCCAUGCAGCCCCCCAUCGUCGGGGCCGAAGACACAGCUUUGACUGCCGGAGAAAGAGCAAAGGAAGAAAAGACAGGUCUGGUUUAUUAUGAGAGGCCGGAUAAUGACAGAAGGGCAGUAUCAGGAAAGGGAACAGACGGGCAUGCUGAGGCUGUAGAGAAGGAACUGAAGGCAGGGCAAGGCGUUGUUUUGGAGCGUCAGGGAGAGACAGCUGCCUCAGAUGCUGGUCAUGGAAAUGGAAAGCAGGAAGAAGAAGAGGAGGAGAUGACCCCAGAGAGGCUGCAGAGUCUGCUGGAGGAUAUAAAGCAGGAGGGAGGCUUGGAGGAUGAGGAGAUGACAGAGGAGCGGAUGAAUGCUAUCCUCGAACAACUGCAGCAAGCAGAAAAAGACGUGUGUUCAGUUCCAGGCUGGAGAAGUGAGACGUCUGGCGCAAGCGUAGACUCGGCAGCCCCUGGCCAAAGCUCCGGCAUCAAGGAGGGCAGCCCCGACAGUCUGGUUGAUUCGUUGGAGCAGCCCCCGCCUCUGAGUGACAAACAGAACGGAGCUCACAUCGACACAGCCAGGGAAGAAAGGGAAAGUGAGGCCAAGAGGAAGGGAUCUCAGGAGGACAGCAGCACAGCAGGACCAAGCAGAGGUCAGGAGGAGGGAGUUGACAGGUCCCAGCACAAAGUCCAGGGGAGUGUUAGAGCUGACGAGUCCGGCUCCGAUGGGGAGACCACUGUUACCACCAGGGUGUACCGCAGACGAGUCAUACUCAAGGGAGAGGAGGCCAAAAACAUUCCUGGAGAGUCUGUGACGGAGGAGCAGUUCACAGAUGAAGACGGGAAUCUGGUCACCAGAAAAGUGAUCAGAAAGGUGGUGCGCCGUGUGUACAACACGGACGAAAGGAGGGAGAGUGAAGGCGACACUCUAACAGAAGAAGCUGGUGCUGGUGCUGGUGCUGGUGGUAGUGGUGUAGCGACAGCAGGAGCCACAGGGGGGAAGGGCAAGAAGAGGGGGAAGCGCUCCCGACAGGGUCAAAAGGCUGAGAAGUCUGGAGGAAAAUCUGAGCCUGGAGACAGUGCCAACAAGAAACAAGGGAAGAAGAGUCAGUCAUAACAGUAGAGCUCUCAAUUAAACCAGGUCCACUGACGUCCACCUGCGACACCACACACACAUUCUGGGAGGAAAAACAAGACUGGAAGCCUCGUCAAUCGGCCAAAACGUGUCUGAAGCUUUCACUUGCAACGCAUGGUUUUUUCAGCAAGACAACGCAAAACAAGUUACUUUUCUUUGAUUUCGCAUGAGCAUGUCACCAAAACUCACUCACUGUCGGAAGUAACACCGAAAGGACACGCAUGGACGUGAGCUGGAGCUUUCUCAUCUUCGAUGAAGGAAAGGCGCCUGUGACCAAAGAUGGCGCAAACAAGGAAAACUAAACGCUGACUGAUAAAGAAGACGUGUGAUUCACUCUCUCUCAGACACUCGCCUUAUAUGGUCUAUUUUUUCCUCCUGGACCCACAGUAUUGGGGUGUACCAUGUGGUUCUUUUUUAAAAAAUGAAAUAUAAUAGUAAAUGGGUGAUUUUUGUUGUAUAUAAAUGACACUGUAUAAAAUACAAAAAAAAAAAAUCAGUAGCUUCACAGAUUGUUUAUGCACUGAUUUGAGUUGAAGCUUUGCAGAGUCGGUGCAUUUGUAUUGAGAGGUCGACACUGUUUGAGCAGCCUUGAGUGUGCGACCUGACAUGCUCUUCCCAAAUGAAUAUAUCAAAAGAAACAAAAAAAAGCUGUAUGUAAAUGAGAAACGAAUGGAAGAAAAAAAUAACUGCUUGAUUUUAAACAAAGGACGUUUCUUUAAAGCCAACAGCUACUUCCGCUCUGUCUGUGGAACAUUAUUUGUCUUCAGAGAAAUAAUAUUUUGCUGCAUGUGACGUCACUUUAUUUUUAAUGCUUUCCUUUUUAUUUUCCUCCUAAUUCAAAAGCACUGUAAUACAAUUAGAGAGAUGGUACUUCUGUCUUUGUGAGCACUCAUAAUAACCCAACCAUCUGUCAUCUAUAACUGUUUUUAUUUUAUUUUUUACGAACCUGAAAACACACACAUACUCCAGAUAGCAAAGCUUCAGGGAGGUACUGACGGUGUCCCCGAAUGUAACCCGCAGACCGGCACAUUGUGUUUUCUCCUAACUGCUAGCAGCCCCGUGUGUGUGAAACAUUAAAUACAAAUGUCUAUCUGUAAGCCCAUCAUGCAUACUAGAAGUGUAAGUUAAAGCUUUCAGGUCUGCUGUGAUUUUAAAAAGGGGACUUUUAUUUUGACGGUUUGAUGACUUUUAUUUAACAGGUUGUAUUUACACGAGGACAGAGAAGCUCAUUUUUAGCCCCAUUAUCCAAAUACAAUGCUUUUUAUUAACAGCUAAAUCACAGUAUUGAUCACACAACAUGAAAAAUCUGAUCUUCUGUUCGUGUGUAAUUUUAUUUUUUGUCUUUUUUUUUUUCUUUUUUCGUACAAAACCACCCUGAGCAUCCAUUGUUGAUGAUAAAUCUGGUACCAACAUGUAUGACGAACCAACAUAGCCUACACUGGAUGAUCCAACUAAUUAUUUAAGCAGAAAAAUAAAUUGUGUUAAAACUGAAA